AUGAGACCAGAUAUUUUGGCUGUAUCAUUAUGCCACAAGUACAUUGCCAGAUUGAAACACGAGGAGAAUAAGUUGGAAAUACUAAAUUUACCAACAUCAACUAUCUAUCGAUCAUAUAACAUUCAAACACUUACGAGACUGUUUUCUCAAAUUAAUCACACAAGCUCUUAUGUUGUAUCACAGUUGCAAUGGGAGCAUAUACUACCAGACUCAGUAUCCACAAAGCUCGCAGUGGUAAUAGAUAAUUUACAUAUUGCAAUGAUUAUUGAUUUCCGAAAUGAAGAUGUAGAACCUAUUUUUAUCAAGCAGCCCAGAAAUGAAGGAAUUGAAAGUAUAGAAUGGAUCCCCCCACCAUCGUUGGAAAAAGAUUUAGGGGCGUAUACCAACAGUCGUCAACUAUUAAUAUUUUCAAAACAUAAUCUAGCAGCCAGGGUGUUUUCUUUGGAUUGCACGCACGUAUUAUUCACAAUCUACAAACCAAUGUCAUCAUUCUUAAUUCGUCCUAGUCAUGACAAUAGAUUCUGGUCCAUACUUGCAAGCACCCUUGAAUAUAACAAGCCUCCAAUAUUAUAUCAUUUUUACAACGAGGGAUCUGUCAGCGUUCUUAUAAAGCUGAUCAAAUUACCAAAUACGUUGACAACUGAGCCAAAACUAUCGUGGUCAGGUAAAGGCACUUGGUUACAAGUUUUUAGCGACCACGAAACUAUUUUUGGAUACAAUUUGUUGAUUUAUAAUAUUCUAGGACAGGUUUCCGAGAGAAGGAAAAUUGAACCGUUACUUGACGUGGAGAUCAUGGAUAAUGGAUAUAAUAUGGGCUCAGAUGGUCAUUUGCAUUUUAGUAGUAACCAGUUUCAAUCUAAUUGGGUAACACUCCUGUCUGAUAGAGAAUACAUUGCUGUAUCAGAUCUUCAAGGACCACAAUUGCAUAUUCAAAUAAUUGAAAUAAGUUUAUUACGAGUAAUCAAGUCGGUAGAACUAAACUUGAAAGACAAACAGGGUUGGAAACAAUCGUGGGAUAAAUUUGUUUACGGAACAAUAACAUUACCUGAAACUCUUGAGAUUACAAAAGUUUAUUCACAUGAGUCUGAGAUAUAUAUUUGUAUUAACAAUACGUAUGUAAUUGGCUGCCAUUUUAGGUUAACUGAGUCGGAUAGUAUAGAGGCAGAAAUCAAAUCAAUAAUGGAGGUGGACACUUUUGUCUUUGACUUUUACAAAAUUGACAAUAAAUUGCUACUAAUUACAGAAAAACUGGUUGUCACGUUGAAUGAUGACAAUGACAAACCCCAGAGAAUAUUUGAUACAAAUGGUACAAUUAAGAAUACUCAACCAGAUACUGAUCAAAUUACCAUAAUAUAUAGCACUACACAAGGGACAUUAUGGGAAACGGUUUUCACAACAAACAGGUUCACAAGUCCAAGAAAAAAGAGACACUUGUUGGGAAACACUUCCAUUCUGCUAGAUGAUAUAACAGACACAUUCAACUUAAAAAAGCGAAUCAAAUCAAAAUAG